AUGCCGGACUUCAGUCCGCUGUCACAAGCCGUGCUCCAGCUGCCAUCGCCAAACUUCGACCUCUUUCCGUCCUACCUCUCCGCUGCGAAGGAGCACACGCAGCCGCUAUGCGGUAACAAGGAGGGCUGGGGACCGCUGAGUCCCUAUAGAUACGACUUCACACCAUGUUUCCUCGACCUCUGGGUUAUCGCUGUUUCAGCCUGGGGCAUCAUCGGAGGACUAGGAGCAAUAUGGUGGAUUUACAAGAAGACGAGUCCGGAACCUGUGGGCAAGAAUUGGCAUUUCUACGCAAAGCUGGGAGUCAUCGGAACGCUGCUGGCGACUACUGCGGUGCAGGCUGGGCUACAGAUUGACCGAUUUCAAGGCUUCUGGUAUAGAGACUUUCGUUUCUGGACAACAGUCGCAAACUUUGCCAGUUUUGCGAUUAUUGGAUUCGUACAAUAUCUUGAACACUGGCGCAUGCGGCAUCCUCAUGCUGUCGUGUUGUUCUUCUGGCUGUUGCUGUUGAUCGCAUACGCCGUGAAGCUGCGUAGCCUUGUCUCGCAAGAGAUGUUUCAUCUUCAUGUUGUAUACUUCUCGGUGUUCGUCGCAAACGUCGGUCUGGCCGCGUUGGAGCUGGUACUGGAGUGGUUGGUACCAAGGAAGGUCUCCGCGUACGAUGCGCUGGGAGAUGAGGACGAAUGUCCGCUGGAGUACGCAAACGUCUUUUCGAAGCUCACAUUUUCGUGGAUGACGCCUAUGAUGAAGUAUGGCUAUCGCGAGUUUCUUACUCAAGACGACCUCUGGAAUCUGGCCAGGCGGGAUACAACACGGACCACUGCUGGCGAUUUCGAGGCAGCAUGGCAGCAACAGCUCGAGAAGAAGAAGCCGAGCCUGUGGAUCGCACUGUUCGCUGCAUUUGGAGGUCCUUAUUUCACUGGCACUGUGAUAAAGACCAUUGCCGAUUGCCUGUCAUUUCUACAGCCACAGCUUCUCCGAUUUCUCAUUUCUUUCGUCGAUUCUUACCGACCUGGCAAUGAACCGCAGCCUCCGAUCAAAGGCGCCGCUAUUGCGAUCGCAAUGUUCUUCGUGUCGGUCGCGCAGACUGCGGCCUUGCACCAGUACUUUCAGCGAGCAUUUGAAACUGGAAUGCGCAUCAAGAGCGCUCUGACUGCCACCAUCUAUUCGAAGAGCAUGCGGCUCAGCAACGAGGGAAGGGCUUCCAAAAGCACUGGUGACAUUGUGAACUACAUGGCGGUUGACAGUCAGCGAUUACAGGACCUGGCACAGUACGGCCAAAUGCUGUGGUCGGCUCCAUUCCAGAUUAUACUUUGUAUGGUGUCCCUCUAUCAACUCGUGGGCUACAGCAUGUUCGCCGGCGUUGGAAUCAUGAUUAUCAUGAUACCAGUCAACGGAUUCAUCGCAAAGAUCUCAAAGACUUUACAGAAAAAACAAAUGAAGAACAAGGACGCACGUACGCGCCUGAUGACGGAGAUUCUGAACAACAUGAAAUCGAUCAAGCUGUAUGCGUGGACGGCAGCUUUCGUGAAGAAGUUGAAUGUGAUUCGAAACGACCAGGAACUGCACACUCUCCGCAAAAUCGGCGCUGUCACAGCGGUCUCCAACUUCACCUGGAAUUCGACGCCAUUUCUGGUAUCAUGCACGACUUUCGCAGUCUUUGUGGCCACCAGCAACAAGACUUUGUCGACAGACAUUGUCUUUCCUGCUCUGACUUUGUUCAACCUCCUGGGCUUCCCGCUCGCGAUCCUGCCGAUGGUCAUCACAGCAAUCAUCGAGGCCAGCGUCGCCGUUGGCCGUCUGACAAGCUUCCUCGUCGCACCGGAGCUUCAAGAAGACGCCGUUUUGCGUGGAGACUCCGUCGAGACGGGAGAAGAGUCUGUUCGCAUUCGUGAUGCCACGUUCACCUGGAACAAGGACGACGAGCGCAAUGUCCUCGAAAACCUUACAUUCAGCGCCCAUAAGGGUGAGCUGUCCUGCAUCGUGGGACGUGUCGGCGCCGGAAAGUCAAGUUUCUUGUCAACAAUGCUUGGAGAUCUGUACAAAAUCAGGGGAGAGGUCGUGAUGCGUGGCAGCGUGGCCUACGUUGCGCAAAGUCCUUGGGUCAUGAACGCUUCUGUGCGUGAGAACAUUGUGUUCGGCCAUCGUUGGGAUCCAGCAUUUUACGAGCGCACCAUCCAUGCCUGUGCACUUACGGAAGAUUUCGCGAGCUUGCCAGACGGCGACCAGACCGAGGUCGGUGAGCGCGGCAUCUCCCUCUCUGGUGGUCAAAAGGCUCGUUUGACCUUGGCUCGUGCCGUGUACGCGCGUGCAGACAUCUAUCUUUUGGAUGAUGUCCUGAGCGCCGUCGACCAACACGUCGGUCGGCACAUCAUCGACAACGUUCUGGGUCCCAAAGGCCUUCUAUCCGGCAAGACACGCAUCUUGGCGACUAACUCGAUCCCUGUUCUCAUGGAAUCUCACUUCAUCGCACUUUUGAGAGAGGGCAAGAUUAUUGAACGUGGAACCUACGAGCAGCUGAUGGCGAUGAAGGGCGAGAUUGCGCAGUUGAUCCGGACCUCCAACAACGAUGAGUCUAGCAGUGACGAGACCAGCAAAGGUGUGCCAGAAAGUCCGUCAACAGAGAGCGUAGUAUCCGCGACAAGUCCAGAUUCCGACGAAGAGGAUGAGGCCAAUGACGAAGUUGGACAAAUCGCGUCACUUCGCCCAAAUGCCGGCAAGCCAUCCCGCAAAGACAGCAACCUCACGUUGCGCAGGGCUAGCACUGCAUCUUUCCGUGGACCUCGAGGCAAGAUGACGGACGAGGAGGAGAGCAAGUCGAACACCAAGGGCAAGCAGACCACCAAGGAAUUCAGCGAACAGGGAAAAGUCAAAUGGACCGUCUACAAAGAGUAUGCGAAAGCCAGCAACCUCGUCGCGGUGGGAAUUUACCUGGUGAUGCUGGUUGGCGCUAAGACGGCGGAAAUCGGGGGCAGCGUCUGGCUCAAAAAAUGGUCGGAGGCCAACGACGUCGCCGGCGGCAACCCGAACGUGGUCCGCUACAUCAUGGUGUACUUUGCAUUCGGAAUCGGCUCCGCUCUCUUGGUGGUCGUGCAGACAUUAAUCCUCUGGAUCUUGUGCUCGAUCGAGGCCAGCCGAAAACUCCAUGAGCGCAUGGCGCACGCAUUGUUCCGGAGCCCGAUGAGCUUCUUCGAAACGACACCGACCGGUCGAAUUCUGAAUCGUUUCUCCAGCGAUAUCUACAGGAUCGAUGAGGUUCUCGCCCGUACCUUUAACAUGCUGUUCACCAAUGCAGCCAAAGCAAUGUUCACCCUCGCGGUAAUCGUGGCAUCAACGCCAAUUUUCGUCGCACUGAUCCUGCCGCUUGGAGCCCUGUAUCUGUUCAUACAGAAGUACUAUCUCCGAACGUCGCGCGAGCUGAAGCGUCUCGAUAGCGUCAGCCGAAGCCCUAUCUACGCCCAUUUCCAAGAGUCUCUGAGCGGCAUCAGCACCAUCCGAGCCUACAGGCAAACCAAGCGUUUCGCCAUGGAGAACGAAUGGCGCGUCGACGCUAACCUCCGGGCCUUCUUCCCCUCGAUCAGCGCUAAUCGAUGGCUGGCGGUCCGCCUAGAGUUCAUCGGCAGUAUAAUCAUCCUUGCUGCUGCGGGCUUUGCCAUCAUCUCCGUCACGACAGGUAGCGGUCUGUCUGCGGGCAUGGUCGGUCUUGCCAUGAGCUACGCCCUGCAAAUCACGCAGUCAUUGAAUUGGAUCGUGCGCCAGACCGUUGAAGUAGAGACGAACAUUGUGUCGGUCGAACGCGUCCUGGAAUACGCUGCGUUGCCGAGCGAGGCUCCGGAUGUCAUCUCCAAGAACCGUCCGCCGAACAGCUGGCCGUCAAAGGGUGCUGUGUCGUUCAACAACUACAGCACAAGAUAUCGCCCUGGUCUUGCAUUGGUGCUGAAGAACAUUAACCUCAGCAUCAAGUCACAUGAGAAGAUCGGUGUCGUAGGCAGGACAGGCGCCGGCAAGAGUUCCCUGACGCUGGCGUUAUACCGCAUCAUUGAGCCGGCGGGAGGAGAUAUCACCAUCGACAAUCUGAACACGAGCUCGAUUGGCCUUCUCGAUCUGCGCAGUCGCCUGGCAAUCAUCCCUCAAGAUGCAGCACUGUUCGAGGGCACGGUCAGGGACAACCUUGAUCCGGGUCAUGUCCACGACGACACGGAAUUAUGGAGUGUCCUGGAUCAUGCCAGGCUCCGCGACCACGUCACCUCAAUGUCUGGUCAGCUUGAUGCACAAAUCCACGAGGGUGGCUCGAAUCUCAGUCAGGGCCAGCGGCAACUCGUGUCGUUGGCUCGCGCCCUACUGACGCCUAGCAAUAUCCUUGUACUCGAUGAAGCGACAGCUGCUGUCGAUGUGGAGACUGAUGCCAUGUUGCAGACCACCCUCCGGAGCAACAUGUUCAAAGAUCGGACUAUCAUCACUAUCGCUCAUCGCAUCAACACCAUCCUAGACAGCGAUCGCAUCGUGGUACUGGACCAUGGCAAUGUGAAGGAGUUCGACACACCUUCGAAUCUCGUGAAGAAGAAGGGUCUUUUCUACGAACUGGUCAAGGAGUCUGGCCUUCUGGGCUCGGUCGUGGACAGUUCAGGGACCAUCCUGUAA